AUGGGAAACGUGUGUGAAGCUAAGAAGUUGGGGCUAACUCAUAAAGAUGAUGAAGAUGGAGAGCUGAAAAGGAGUAGUGGUAGAGUCGAUCUAACUGGUGGUGGUGGCAGACUUGGUAGGAUUUACGGCUGGUCUUCCUCGAGAAUCGUAAGGGUUUCUCGAGCUUCCGGAGGAAAGGCUCGGUACCACCGUGUACACCUCUCUGUGAGUACUGCUAUUCAAUUCUACGAAUUGCAGGAUUGGCUAGGAUAUGAUCAGCCUAGCAAGGCCGUCGAGUGGCCUCUAAAGGCGGCGGCCACCUCCAUCUCGGAGCUUCUUCCAAUGACUGCUGCAUUUCCAGACAAUAACACUAAGCUGGUGAAUCUGAAUCUGGAUCUGGGCUGUGGCCAGUCCGUGUGGUGGAUCUAUGGGCGCCGCUACUCGACUCUCCGGCAUUGGCGACGGUGGUGA